UGUUGACUCAAAUAACUUUUCUUGACCCAAACAGUUUAUUAUAUUAACGACGAUGGGAGAAUUUGCAACUAUUUUUUGGGAAUAAAUUGCAACAUUGAUCCUUGAUUUGUAACUUUUCUUAAACAUCAACUUUAGAGUCCUAUUGAUUAAGAAAAGUGAAACCAAAAAUCAAAUAAUUUGGAAACAUCGACAAACAUGUAUCAUCCAACUCGAGGUGGCGUCCGUGGCGGUCGAGAUCAGUUUACUUGGGAUGAUGUAAAAGCUGAUAAACACAGGGAGAAUUAUUUAGGUCAUAGUAUCAAGGCCCCUGUUGGUAGAUGGCAGAAAGGGAAAGACCUUUUUUGGUAUACCAGGGACAAAAAGUCCCAAAAUGCAGAAAUGGAGGCUGCAAAAGAAGAGAUAAAAAGAAUCAAGGAAGAGGAGGAGCAGGCAAUGAGGGAAGCUCUCGGCUUAGCUCCUAAGCGUGCUAACCGUCCUCAAGGUAACCGUCUAGAUAAACAUGAAUUUUCAGAACUAGUGAAGAGAGGGUCUACAGCAGAAGACUUAGGUGAAGGUCAUGCUGAAGCAGCAAGGGUUCAAGGUGUUGGUUUUGCCAGGGAAAUCCGCCCUUGGGAAGAACCCAGUUCCUCAAAGCUCUCACCGACACCAGCUGAGGUAGAAAAUGUAUCUAUGCCUAAUCAAUCACCAAGAAAGACCGAAGAUGAUUCUGAGGAUGAAAAUAGACGCAAGAGAAGACGAGAAGAAAGGAAGGAAGAGAAACGUGAAAAGCGUGAGAAGAAACAUUCCCAUGAGGAAAGAAAGCAAGAGAAGCAUGACAAGCGGCAUUCUCGUGAUUCAGAUGUCAAGAAGAGACACAAAAAAGAUAAAGAAAGGAGGAGACAUGAUUCGGAUUGAAAAUACUUGCUCCUAUUGGGUUUUCUAACCAUCCAAUGUGAAAUAAAAUAACUUUUAGUCGUGUUUCACAACUUAUUUUCGGUAUAAACAACAUUCCAGAAGCCUGCAUAUACUGUUGUCACUUAUCUGUACAUUGGUACUACCAUACCAUUCUGGCAUUAUUAUGUGGUGUAUCAAGUUGGAAUUCUUUUGAAAAACA